AUGGGGUGCCGUGUUCGCUACACGGAUGGAUCAGCUGAGAGCUCAGCUGGUUACGGCUCAAGGGCCUCGUCAAUGUCACUCACGAAACUCGAGAACAUCUUGAAUGACGAUGACGAGGGAACGAAACGAGCGGAAGAGAUGCUGGGGCCCGCACGUCCAGUGAAGACGGGCCAUCUAAAUUACAACAUGAUCUACGACAGCGAGAAAAGUAAGCAAAUCAAGGCAUAA